AAGAAAAAAUAGAGAGAAGGAGAGAGAGAGAGGCAGCGAGAGGGAGAUGGGGGAGGAGAAAGAAAGGAAGAGAGGGAGAGAGGGAGAUUGAUCAUUUGGACGUCCUGGGCCCCGUAGUCGUCUCUGAGAAACACUUCUACUCUAUCCAAAACAUCCAUUUUGCCUCCCUUAUUUCCACCUUUCUCGGACUGGAAGCUUGACUGUUUUUCUUUUUUUUUUUUUUUUAAUUGUUUCCUUUUUUGGGUUAUUCCCACCCAGGAGACGUGCCACCACCACCACCACCAGCAGCAGCAGCAUCAUCAUCAUCAGUAGCGGCAGCAGCAGCACAGGAAUAUCUCCCGAUAUCCCAUCCCGGGCACGUCGGAUGAGCUGCAGCAGCAAAAAGCACGAGGCGAAUAUUGCGGUGGACUGGAAGGGGAACAUGGUCCGCGGGAAUUCACACCUCUCACCCAAGCUCGGCGGCAGUUUGGGCUUGUUAUGGGGCUGACCGGAAGGAGAAAGUGACAGAGGAACAGUGAUGCUACUGUUUACAUAACGCACGCACGCACACAUACACUUAAGUACACGCGCGCACACAUUCCCAAAUCAGCAGUCCAGGACGCACGCACUCACUUAAACACUUCCACACGCGAACACACUCACGGACGCGUAUUCAAGGGACUCACUGACUGAGUCACCACACACUCAGAGGCAGAGAAUCACUCACAGAAACACACACACACACACACACACUCACAGACAGACACAAGGGGAAAAGGUUGUUUCAAAGAGCUUGGACUGUGCGUCGUAUGUGCUAUGGGCCAGGCAGAGCAGCAGCUGUGUGCGACUGUUGGAUACCUCUGAAGGGACAACACAGCUGUAACCCUCGACCUCCCUCGCCCCCUCCUACCCCUCAUCUUCCAGCUACCCCUAAAUGCACCAUCAUGUCUGAGACGAGGACCAGCGGAGUUCGACCCCCUUCGUCCUCCUCCUCCUCCUCCCUCCGUGGGUUUCUGUCCCUCCUGCUCUCCCUCUGCCUCUCCGUUUUCCUGUGUCCGACCUCCUCGUGGGCGCAGCAGACCGUGCCUGUCAUUUCUACGGCGCAAGGCCGCAUCCGCGGCAUCCUGACCCCACUGCCCUCAGACCUCCUCGGGCCCGUCAUCCAGUACCUGGGGGUGCCAUACGCCAGGCCUCCCACAGGAGACCGACGCUUCCAGGCACCUGAGCCACCCUUACCGUGGCCAGGAAUACGAAACGUGACGCAGUUUGCUCCCGUCUGCCCGCAGUCGUUGGAUGAGAGGAGCAUGCUGGGAGAUAUGAUGCCGUCCUGGCUCACCGCUAAUUUGGAUAUAGCAGCGACCUACCUCACUCACCAGAGCGAGGAUUGUCUCUACCUCAAUAUUUAUGUGCCCACUGAGGAAGACAUACAUGAAGAAGGGGGUCAGCGGCCAGUCAUGGUCUACGUCCACGGUGGCUCGUACACUGAAGGCACCGGUAACAUGAUGGAUGGCAGCGUGUUAGCCAGCUACGGCAACGUCAUUGUCAUAACCCUCAACUACCGCCUCGGAGUACUAGGAUUUCUCAGUACUGGUGACCAGGCGGCAAAAGGGAACUACGGCUUGCUUGAUCAAAUCCAGGCGCUGCGCUGGGUGAAGGAAAACAUUGCAGCCUUCGGGGGAGAUCCAAGCAGGGUGACAGUGUUUGGAUCUGGGGCUGGAGCAUCCUGCGUGAGCCUCCUCACCUUGUCUCACUACUCCGAAGACCUGUUCCACAGAGCCAUCAUCCAGAGCGGCAGCGCUUUAGCCAGUUGGGCUGUCAACUACCAGCCAAGCAGAUACGCCCGGCAGCUCGGCGAAAGGGUCGGCUGUGGCACCGAUGACAGCACGCAACUGGUCGCCUGCCUCCAGGGCCGCAGCUACCGCGAACUCGUAGAGCAGAACGUCACGCCGGCCAAAUACCAUACAGCCUUUGCCCCGGUGAUUGAUGGCGACGUUAUACCCGACGACCCCCAGAUUCUGAUGGAGCAGGGAGAGUUCCUGAACUACGACGUGAUGCUGGGGGUUAAUCAGGGUGAAGGCGUGAAGUUUGUGGAGGGCAUAGUGGACUCAGAGGACGGUGUCACGGCUGAGGACUUUGACUUUGCUGUCUCGGACUUUGUGGAUAGUUUGUAUGGAUACCCAGAGGGCCGGGAUACACUGAGGGAAAGCAUAAGGUUCAUGUACACUGACUGGGCUGAUCGAGACAACGCAGAAACGCGCCGCAAGACACUGGUAGCUCUCUUCACAGACCACCAGUGGGUGGCGCCAGCCAUCGCCACAGCUGACCUCCACGCUCAGUACGGGUCUCCCACCUACUUCUACUCCUUUUACCACCACUGCCAGAGUGACGCCACGCCGCCCUGGGCUGACUCUGCCCAUGGCGAUGAGGUGCCCUAUGUGUUCGGCGUGCCCAUGGUGGGACCGACUGAUCUGUUCAACUGCAAUUUCUCCAAGAACGAUGUGAUGCUGAGCGCAGUAGUUAUGACAUAUUGGACCAACUUCGCCAAGACUGGUGAUCCAAACCAGCCAGUUCCUCAAGACACCAAGUUCAUCCACACGAAACCUAACCGCUUUGAAGAGGUGGCCUGGUCUAAAUACACCCCCAAGGAGCAGCUGUACCUCCACAUUGGCCUCAAGCCCCGCGUCAGAGACCACUACCGCGCUACCAAAAUCUCCUUCUGGCUCCAGCUAGUCCCUCACUUGCACCACGUGAACGACCUCCUCCAGUCGGUGUCUUCCUUCACGCAUAGUCCCUCUUCGCAGGAUGACACCCCUUUUUCCUACACUAAGCGUCUCUCCAAAGGUUGGCCUCCGAGCAGCACGCGUCACCCUGGUUCCCCUGGAGGUACUCCGCAGCCGCCCGAGUCCGCGUUGGGUCAAGAUGGAGGGGAAAACGGGGUCCGUGUCCCCAACGAGGACUACUCCACCGAGCUCUCCGUGACAAUCGCAGUGGGAGCGUCGCUGCUGUUUCUUAAUAUACUUGCGUUCGCAGCCCUGCUGUAUAAGAAGGACAAAAGGCGCCUGGAGCAUCGCAGGCCACGUCCGCUUCCUCCACCGAGGCGAGACAUCACACCUGCAGAUGUUGCAGCCCACCUGCAGGGAGAGGGACUGAUGUCAUUACAAGUGAAGCAGCUGGAGUGCGAUGUCGCGUCCGCGGACGAGAGGAACAACACUCACCACCACCACACUCUGGACACGCUGGACGCCCUGGACGGCUUGGACACCCAGGACAUUUACAGCACGCUGGACACCGUGCGCCUCACCUGCCCACCUGAUUACACCCUCACCUUGCGCCGUUCACCCGACGACGUCCCCCUCAUGACCUCCCUGACCCCGGGAUCACUGCCCGUGACCCCUGGGUCUCACCCUGUUACUCCGGCGACCCCCAUGACCCCAAUGACACCCGGAUCGGUGGUCGGGAUGAGGAUGGGACACCCUCACCAGGGAUACACACACCACAGCCCGUAUAGUAAUACACACCUGCCGCACACACACAUCUCCACUCACACACACUCCACCACACGUGUAUAACCGCAGCAAGACGCUCGGACGUACAGGGACAAAGUUACACUUUACACAUUCUAACACACACAUACGCGCGCGCACACACACACACACACACAAAACAAAAGACUUGAAUACCUCUACUAAUUACCCUGCAGGAUUGUUACAGAUGGAAUGGCAGAGAGACAUUUUUCAGUAACAGGAUGAAGACAGCUGUGUGUUGCAUGUCGGGGAACUGAAAACAAACUGGAUCCCGGAGAGAUGCAGUUCUGUGCAUCAUUCGCUCAUAACCUGACGAGCCGAGGCGUCCGUCAAACGUCUCACAACCCGCUUUGGAUAUUAAACCUGCUUUUUCUACACCUGAGGAUGACGAAGAUGCGCUGGGGCAACAGGGUCAGUUACUUUACACCUCCCACUGUACCUGAGCUGCACAGCGCAGCCGGCCCCAGGACUGACAAGUGCAGGUGCAGAUGCAAAACUGAGCUACAGUAAGAAGUACCACACACAGACUGCUGAUGUCAACUUGAACAACCUGUGAAAUGUGAAUGUAGCAUUUUUUUUUUUCCAUUAAAUGAUCGAAGGCCCUAUCUGCCAAGGAUCAAACUAAUCUGAGGAGAAAAUAACAAAUUUCAGCAAGAGAUGGAUGUAAAAACAGUUGAGGAGGAGGAGGAGGGAGAUUAAAAAGACAACAUUAGCUGAAGGAAAAGUUAGUCAGAUGGUGGGAAAGAGAUUACGAUUUCAUCGAGAGGCGAUUUAGCGAGAGAGGGGAAGACGAAGGAAGGUAGAGUGAUAUGAGAAACACAGAAACUGAAAGCGUGCCAAGAGUCCGAAAUUAGGUUUCGGAAGAAGAAAAGGCCUCUGUAGAGUUCUCAGACUUACUGAAGAAUCACUCUAACCAGCUAUGUGUUAAACUCUUGUAAAUAGAAUGGAAAGAUACAGAUGAUAUAUUAUGAUUUAUAGCAUUUACCUGCUCUUGCAUUAAAACAUGACUUAUUUAACCACAUUAUUGCUUUCAUUUCAGAUAUUACUAUAUUAUUGUAUAGAUGUCCUGAAGCAAGGCUGGUUGUCUUUCUAUCUCACCCACUGUAGUAUGUACACAGUACCUUCAUUUAAAGGCUAUAUUUGCUAUGCACAGUCAUCUCAAUAAUUCUUAACUAUGUGAGCAUUUAGGUACAUGUUAAGUAGUUGAAGCAUAAGACAUUUUCCACACCAUCUUGUCUAAUUUUCGACCAUCGGACGACGAGCUAGUACUGUGUAGAUAAUGCAUUAUUGGUUUGAUGAUUGAGCACCAGCCAAAAACCAUUGUCCCUUUGACCCUAACCUCUUCCUGCUUUCCUUUCCCCCUUCGUUCCUAAAAGUUUUCUUCGUAAAGGCCUCACUCUUAAUCCCCACGUCCAGCGCAGAUUUAACGUCAGACAGGCACAAAGGUGGUGAUGAUUCGGGGGAUCCUAAAUCAAAGAAUAUCCCAAUAAAUUCAAGGAUGCCUUGUCCUGUUUGUCUGACCUUCAUGUUACACACCUUACCAGGGGUCUCUUUUGAGGAGAACCCCUGAUUGAACUACCUAUUGCUGACUGUGACUCUGUCAGUUUAAACACGACCAGUGAAAAGAAUUGAACCUAUAAUAUCAUCCCACCUCUUCUAAGACAGCUCAAUUAUGUGUCUCAACCCCCCCCCGUACAGAGUAGAGAAAUUGUGGCUGUGUCUCCCAUGUUUUUAAAGGCUGGAGUUUACUACCUGCCACGGUGGCGUCAAUUGUUUGUUGUCAUUUGAUUAAUGAGACGGAGUUGGGGUGGAGCUGAGGAGGGACGAUCACGGUGGUUUUGUGUGAUGGGACUCGACACUGAAGGCACACACGCCUCUUAAGAUGCUGCUUUUUGAGCCUUAAUAUUCUUCUAAGGGAGCAGUAUUUUCUAAAAAUAAUAAAUCGGUUUUAACUUGGUUUUAAAGAAUGGCAGACUUCUACUGAGGUUUUCAUGCUGACUUCACAGCGAGGGCUUGAGGGCUACAGUGGUUGCUGCUUUGUGCCACCGUAUUUUAAGAUAUCAGGCUUUUGAAAAUCAGCUCAAAAACUAUUCACAUUGAUGUCAUGUAUUUAAGGUGUGAUGCUGUUAUGGAAAACACAAAAAUAAUCAAACCCUGUCUCUCUCUGAUGAUGCUGAAAAACCAUUUCAUAUUUUCCAGCUAACCCAGAUUUCUAGUUCCUCCCUUUCUUUACCCUAAUCUGUGUCUCCCCCCACCCCAGCCCCUUCCCCCUCUCCAAGCCUCAUCUGUGCGACUACAUGCAGCUUUGUCACGGUGAGGCCUAUUUAACCUCCGCUCAUCCUAAGUAGCUUCUUCAUGAGACAUUUUAGUUAAUUGUCAACAGAAUACAUGAAAUAUGAAAGCUGAAAAUUUUGUGGAUGGUACGCAAAGAACUUUUACAAAGUGAUACAAAAAUAACAUUUAAGAAGUUUGAUUGACUGAAUUUUUUUGUUUGUUUUUUCAUAUGGGUUUGCUGACUCAGCGGGUGGCUGGAUUGUGUCAAGCAUAAAACAUUUCUGCUGCAUUUUUGAAAAAAAAAAAUAAAAAUAUCAGUAUUUUACAGUU